UUGAUAAGUUCUAUCAUCAGCUCAUUGUGUAAUACUAUAUAAGGUGUGUUUUGACAAUAUUAGAGGGUAUCUGUCCUUGCAAACAAGAUGACGCUUUUAAACUUUGUGAUCUCAGCAGUAUUAGUUGCACAAUGUGUGGAAUCUCAAAUCCCCGGUCUUCGGAUAUCUGUAGUAACGGAUGGAACCUACAGCAUCAGUGUGAAAGAUAAAAUAUGGCUGAACAGUGCACCAACUUAUUUUAUGGCGGAUGGUUCCAUGUACAUGAGUGGAACCAAUGGGAACCUUUCUCUGCUGCAGUCGUCUGCGAGGAGCGGAUAUGACAAAAUCGGGGAAUGGCAAACGACCGAUUUCUUCUACGCUGCAGGGAGCAGUAAUAUUACUGCCUCAAUCAAAACGUAUCCAUAUGAACUGGAGAACGAUUUCAUAAUAUUUUCUCAGACUUACCACAACGGUGCACAGAGAACCAACCGUGCUGAUGUGAGUUCUAUCAUCGGAAGAUUCCCCGCCUUUAAUGUCGGAAGUCAGGACAAGAAUGUCAACUUGUAUUAUCUCUCUUAUGGAGGAAUCAUGGUCGGGGACACGGGCAAAAGCAUAGGCGUAUGGAACAAAACAAAUGUCUCUAUGGCGUAUGGAUUAGCAGGCGGUCCGCUGGCUCUCUUUGAUGAGGAGGGCAAUACAGUAAUCAUUUCCCCCUUCUCCCAGUUUAUGGCGUCGUCUAUAACACAUCCAGACAUUGACAACAGCGUGGGGUGGGGCGUGAUGGGAGGGGUACAAAUGGUCCCUCCUAACUACCAAUACGACACGAUCCUCUAUUAUGCUAAAGGGAUAAACAAAGCAUUUCAAGGGUGGGGAAAACUGAUGAGGAAAUGGUAUGGUAGAACUGAUAAUUUCAUACAGACAGACAUAACCAUUAGUCACCUUGGAUACUGGACUGAUAAUGGAGCAUACUACUAUUACUUAACAGAACAAAAUAAGACUUACGAGGACACAAUGUUGGACGUCAAGAAGUAUGCUGAUAGCCAGAAUAUUCCCUACAGGUAUUUUCAGUUCGAUUCUUGGUGGUACUUCAAAGGGGACCACGACGGGGUCAAAGAAUGGGAGCCUCGACCUGACAUAUUCCCUGGAGGUGCCAAAUCAUUGGUUCAAAAGAUUGGUUUGCCAAUUGCACUACACAACCGAUUCUGGUCCAAAGAUACAGUUUAUGCUGUCCAGAAUAAAGGAAGAUAUCUGUUUCAGAUUGAUAAGAAUGGAACCGUGUCUGCUCCUUUAUCGCCGGAUUUUUGGAUUUAUUUGUUGGGACGUGCUCAAGGCGAAUGGGGAUUAGUUCUUUAUGAACAGGACUGGUUGAAUGUGGAAUUCGCUGGACUUCCGUCUUUUAUGAGCUCUAUAGGUCUCGGUAAUUUAUGGCUAGAAGAAAUGGCUGACGCAGCGAAGUUGCUGAAUAUGCCGAUUCAGUACUGCAUGUCAAACACCAGACAUGCCAUGAAAGCCCUGGAAUUGGACAUUGUUACACAGGCCAGGGUGAGUGGUGAUUAUCAUCCAGGGAAAGAUCAGUGGAAGAUCGGGGUCUCCUCAAUGCUUGCUGACGCUAUUGGGAUCCGGCCUUUCAAGGAUACUUUCUGGACAACGACAACCCAACCCGGAAACAAAUAUAAAACCACGGAGCCCUUCCCUGGUCUAAAUGCGGUGGUAUCUACCCUAAGUACCGGACCAGUUGGACCUGGAGAUAUGAUAGGAGGAACUAAUGUUUCGAUGCUCAUGAGAUGUUGCAACACAGAUGGAAAGAUUUUAAAGCCUUCAAAGCCAGCAACAGCUAUUGACAGACAAAUGAUACUGACUGCUUCUCGAGUGACCAGAGAUAUGGAAGUCUGGAGCACAUACACUGAAAUGUCUGUAGGGGGUCAAACCAAGUAUUUUGGAACGGUUCUGGGAGUUGAUACGAUCACUGGAUUUAAACUGAUGAAUACAGAUUUAGAUUUUAUGACGAAUGGUCAGAGAGAGGAAUAUAUUGUAUAUGGACAUCGCUCUCCACAGAAAACGAUGUCAUUCACGACAUCCUUACUCAUGCCAAAGUGCACCAAAACAGAUUUCUGUCUUUAUCACUUCAUUCCCGAAAUGAAAUUUGGAACUCACUCUGUAUUUUUGCUUGGAGAGACGGGGAAAUGGGUACCUGUGUCACAGCAGCGAAUAAGUGCAAUAACGCCGAUUCAGGAUACGGACCUUGUAUUAACUGUAGAAGGCGGGCAGGGAGAGUCUGUAUACAUUUCUUACCUCCUUGAUGGAACUCUUCAGAAUGUGGAGUGCCAUUUCAAACUUAGUUCUUCUCUUUUGUUGUCAAUUGCAGACAAAACGUGUUGAUGAACGUUUAAAAUGCAUACUUUUAGUGCAUUUUUAAAAUCAAAAUAUUGAAAUAUUCUUUGGCUGAAGACUAAUUAUUUGAAUGUCAUAAGUGAAUUUGAAUUAUUCUAUUUUGGAAUGUGCUAAUGCUAUAUAAAGAUAUGCUAACACUUAAAAAUUUAUACAAUUCAGUGACUUUUUCUUUCUUUGAUAAUAAUCAAGAUAACGACAAAUUCCAAAAACAAUGCUAGGGUUUUAUAUCUGAGUAUGUAAUUUGAAUAUCAAAAUGUCAUAAAACUUAUAAACAUUUAUGGAAAAAUAGUAAUGUUUGGAAAGAGCAUUACAAUAGAUUGAUUAAAACGAUUACAUGCAAUAACGCGUGUUAGG